AUGAAACCAUCGCCAAUCCCAUUCCUCUUGUCCGCCGCCGGCCUCCCUCUUGCCUCGGCGGGGGCAACACUCUGGUCGGGCCUAUUCAAUGAGACGUAUACCGUGGAGGACUUUGACAAAUGGUCCUGGUCCUCUCAAAUCCCCCCCUGGCAAUGGUACAUCCACGGCUCCGCCUCAACACCAACGUACCUCGGCGUAUCAGCGGACUUCAAGAACCCCAACGCAACCCUCCUCGACGAAGCCCAGGGCGUGCGCAUCACAAUCGACGACACAUCGUCGUGGAACGGGCAGAAUAUGAUGCGCUCCGAGCUCAUUCCGCAGAUUACGGCCGGGGUCGAUUUGGGGUCUGGAGUGAGGUACUAUCACUUCUCGGUUAGUGUAGGCGAGGAGAAUUUUCCCGACGCGGGAUUGGAGCACCAGGUUGGGUUUUUCGAGAGCCACUUCACCGAACUAAAAUACGGCGGCUCCGACUCCCAAAGCCUAACCUGGUACGCCGGCGGCAGUUCCCACUGGAGCACGCCCAUCGAAGCUGGCGUCUGGUACAACUUCGCCUACGGAAUCGACUUUGGCGCAUCAACGGUCUCUCUGUAUACAUCUACAGGCGGGGAUCCGCUGGAACUCGUGGUUGAGCCCGUGUCUGCGAGCACGUCGACGAAUUCAGCGGACUGGCAUGUGGGCGUUCUAAGACUUGAUCAGGCGGUUCCUGGCGUUGGGGGGCAAGAGGAUUGGUUUUGGAGUGGGGUGUAUGUGGAGGAUGGGGAAGGGGGUGUUACGGUUGAUGUUUAG